UAGGUAUGUUAAAAUAUAAAACUAGGCGUUGUUAUUCUUCGCUUUAAACUUCCGUGUUUAUCAAACGUCGACUGCAAAUUUCAACGUAUCUUCUAGCUUUAACUUGUAGCGAUAAACAAAUAAUUUCAUCACUUCUUAAAUUAAUCUUAACACUGAAUUAUACGGGAAGACGAAUGAAAUGGCUUGUCGUCUCAAUGAUUACGAAUGUGGCUAUGAUGAAUCGAGAUUUAAGAAUGCUGUUGAUGAAACUUUUUACUGUUCAAUUUGUCUCAACGUCGCUAAAGAUGCGAGAAUGUGUCAACAUAACGAACACAUCUUUUGUCGUAAAUGUAUUGAAGAACAUCUACGAGUUAAUGCACAAAGAUGUCCUCAAUGUCUUGAUAAUUUGAAUGUAUCUACACUUCUUCCAGCGCGAGUUAUAAAUAACUUGAUUUCAAAGUUUAAGAUAAGUUGCGACUACGCUAAUCGUGGUUGUCCAGAAUUUAUCAACAUUGAAGAUCUUGAACGACAUGUCAAAAAUUGUGGUUUUGCUCCAGUGCUGUGUUCUAAUGAACGUUGUGACAAGGAGAUAAACAAACGAGACAAGAUUAAACAUGAAACUGAGUUAUGUGAAUACAGAAAAAUUCCUUCUCACGAUUUUGCGGAGAUAAAAGAAAUGUUUCAAAAAAGUUUUGAGGAUCAAGUAAAAAUGCCAAUUGAUAAAAUAAAUGGAAAAAUAGAGUCACUGACGAACCAAAACUCGAAAUCACAAAAAGAAAUGAUGGAGUCUAAAGGAGAAAUAAGAAAUAUUCAACAAAAUCUUUCUACAGUGACCAAGUUGGCUUCAUCAUUUAUUUAUAAUGAUAAUUUAUUUGUUGUUGGAGGAUUAGGCAGCAAGUCAAUGGAUACAUUGAAUAUAAAACAGUUUCCUUUGACAUGGAGAAAAUUUCCCACAGAGUUUCCUUAUGAAUGUAGUGGUCAUCCAGCUGUUGUUUGUAAACAACAAAUCCUUUUCAUUGGAGGAAACAUUGCUGGUAAAGGAAGAUCAGAUCUGAUCAGUGAAAUAAAGAUUACAGGUACAACAUCUCAUGUUUUAAAAGAGUUGUGUCAUAUGCCUGAACCACGUUUUGACCAUGGAGCUGUUGUUGUUGAUGAUAAAGUUCUUAUCUUUGGAGGAUUUCGAAAAGUUAGCAUAGUUUUGUCCAAUAUUAUUUCCAGUGUUUUGGAAUUUGAUCCAAGGACUCUUACAUUUAAGGAAAUGCCUUCAUUACCUCAUCCAUUAUCUGACAUGGCAACAGUUCAAUGGAGAGAUCAAGUUGUUCUUCUUGGAGGUUAUGAUGGAAGAGAAAAAUUGAGCAGUGUUAUCAUGUAUGACUGUAAUACAGGUAACAUUACAGUCUUACCAUCCAUGUUGGAAAAGAGAGUCGCCUGUUGUGCAGUUAUAACAGGGGAUACAAUUGUUGUCAUGGGAGGUCAGAAUGAUAAAUGUGAAAUUCUUGAAUCAGUGGAGUGUUUUGAAAUGGGAGUUAGUUCUUCAUGGACAUAUCUUCCUUCAAUGAAUGAAACACGAUAUGGAGCUAUUGUUGAAGUUUUACCUUUUGGGCAAAAUUAUGUAGAAGCACAAAAUAUUCUGUAA